AUGAAAAUGGUUGAAAUGAAUCCAAUUCCAACACCUAAUUGUGAUGGUGUAAUAAAUAAAAGUGGAUGUUUUGAAUUGAGAAUUACUGAUCUUUUGACUGGUUUUUGGCCUUCGACUGAUGGUCAUUUACCCCCAGACGAGCCAGCUUGUGGUUUUAGAAAUGAACGCUGUGAUUAUACUUUAAUGAUUGUUAUUGGUAUUUUGGCUUUGGUGGCUUUGUUGGGUGUUGGGGCUGGAUUUAUAUUCUUCAGAGUUUUAGAAAAUCGAGCUCUUGCAAAAACAUCUUGGCGUAUAUUCCGAGAUGAUAUGAGAAUUGUUAGUGCUGAGGAAAUGAAGUCUAUGCUUUCAAUAGGUUCAUCAAAAACAAAAUUAUCUAAUAUGGCACGUUUUGCAAAACAUCAUGCCGUUAUUGGUACAAAUACCCACGCUUCAUUCCAUUUAUACCCUCAACGUCGCCCAAUUUCUUUUAUUCGAACAGAUUUACAAUUAUUGUCAAUGAUGAAAAUGCUAGUACACGAUAAUUUAAAUCCGUUUAUGGGAAUUGCUUUUAAUGAAAAGGACGAGUUGCUAGUUUUGUGGAAAUUUUGUUCUCGUGGAACAAUUCAGGAUAUUAUAUAUAAUGAAAGUGUUACUUUAGACAGUAAAUUUCAUGCUGCUUUUGUUAGAGAUAUUACUUUGGGUCUAGAAUAUUUACACAUGUCACCAAUUGGGUAUCACGGUUCAUUAACUCCUUGGGCCUGUUUAAUUGACAGAAAUUGGAUGGUUAAAUUAACUGAUUUUGCAAUAGCUAAUUGUAUAGAACGUUGGGAAAAGAGCGGAUACGUUACUAAAGAAACGCUUAAAGACGGGGAAGAUAAAAGUGGAGCUACACAAUUGACAAAUGUGCUUUACUGCGCCCCAGAGCUGCUCAAAAAUCGCGAACAAAAUCGUCGACGUGGAAUGGAACAGGGAUGGUUAAAACAAAGUCAGGCUAGACGACAAGCAGGGGAUAUUUAUUCUUUUGGGAUUGUUAUGUAUGAAAUUUUGUUUAGAGCCCUGCCCUUCCCAGAAGGCACCGAUUUGACGGAAUUAUGUGAAUAUGUCCGUGAUGGCUCUAAAACAUUUAAACCCGUUAUUGCUGAUCGUUCACAAAUACAUCCAGAUAUUAUUGCUUUAUUACAGGAUUGCUGGGCAACAAAUCCAGAAAUCCGUCCAUCAAUUAGACGCGUCCGUCUAAACACAGAAAAUUAUUUAAAAGUAAAAGGAUCUCUUGUUGAUCAAAUGAUGAGAAUGAUGGAACAAUAUGCAAAUAAUUUGGAGAAGUUAGUCCAAGAAAGGACUGGAAUGUUGGAAGAUGCAAAUAAAAGGGCUGAUAAAUUGUUAAAUCAAUUAUUGCCCAGCUAUGUUGCUAAUGAACUGAAAUUGGGACGUUCUGUUGCUCCUAAAACGUUUAAAUCUGCAUCUGUUAUGUUUAGUGAUAUUGUUGGGUUUACUACUUUAUGUUCUGGUUCUUCUCCUCUUGAAGUUGUUACUAUGUUAAAUACUGUAUAUACAGGAUUUGAUGAUUUAAUUAACAAACAUGAAGCUUAUAAAGUAGAGACUAUUGGUGAGUAA